AAGACAGACCCAGAAAAACCUCCCAUCUACACGAAAACAUCCUAAAGUAGUCUCGUUUUAGUUUACACAAACUGUUAUUCAACAGACAAAAGUUCGUUUUAAGCAAUGACAAUGUUGGGUAUGUACGUGCCAGACAGAUUUGCUCUGAAGUCAUCUAAGGUCCAAGACGGAAUCGGGCUUUACACCGCGAGAAGAGUCAAGAAGGGAGAGAAGUUUGGCCCAUUUGCCGGAGAGAAGAAAAUGCCGAGCGAUAUGGAUGAGAGCAUGGAUCCGCGAUUGAUGUGGGAGGUACGGGGGACCAAAGGCGACGUGUUGUACAUCCUGGACGCCAGCAACCCUCGGCACGCUAACUGGCUGCGCUUCGUCCACCAGGCGCCGUCGCAGGAGCAGAAGAACCUGGCGGCCAUUCAGGAUGGAGAGAAUAUCUUCUACCUGGCUGUGGACGACAUUGAAACCGACACAGAGCUGCUCAUUGGCUAUCUGGACAGUGACAUGGAGGAGGAAGAGGAAGAGGAGGAGGAGGAGGACAUCAAGGAUGGAGAUGAGAGCAGUGUUGAGAGCAAGCAUCUCAGUGAAGGUGCAGAGCUGACCAUUAAGAAGGAGGACCACCCAUGCUUGCUGUGCGAGAGCAGCUUCCCCAGCGAGGAGAUCCUGGCAGCGCACCUCCAGAGCCUGCACCAGAGGCCCAGCACGGAGGAGAAGGAGUUCAAAUGCCGCAACUGCGGCAAGAAGUUCCCCGUCAAGCAGGCCCUGCAGCGCCAUGUGCUGCAUUGCACGGAGAGCCAGGCCCCGACGGCGGGCGACUCGGCGAAGGCCCACCAGUGUCUGCUCUGCCACAGCUCCUUCUCCUCCGAGUCCAGUUUUGAACAACACAAAGAGGCCUGUAAAGGAGAUGCCAGGUUCAUUUGUAAAGCGGAGAGCUGUGGGAAGAGGUUCAAGAGCAAAGAUGCACUGAAGAAACACAAGGGUAACGUGCAUACAGGCAGCGCUCGGAGGAAACUGAUGUGUACCAUCUGCAACAAGAAAUGCUCGUCGUCGCUCAACCUUCAGGAGCAUCGCAAGGUGCACGAGGUAUUUGACUGUCCUGCCUGUGACAAGAAAUUCAUCUCCACCAACCAGCUGAAGCGCCACAUGAUCACACACUCGGAGAAGCGACCAUACACGUGUGAAAUCUGCAGCCGCUCCUUCAAGCGUUUGGACCAGGUUACUGCCCACAAGAUCAUCCACAGCGAGGACAAGCCCUACAAGUGCAAACUGUGUGGGAAGGAGUUUGCCCACCGCAACGUCUACAAGAACCACAAGAAGACACACUCGGAGGAGAGGCCGUUUCAGUGUGAGGAGUGUAAGGCAUUGUUCCGCACGCCGUUUUCGCUACAGAGGCACCUCCUCAUUCACAACAGUGAGAGGACGUUUAAGUGUGACCAGUGCGACGCCACCUUUAAGAGGAAGGACACGCUGAACGUGCACAUCCAGGUGGUCCACGACGGCCACAAGAAGUACAAGUGUGACCUGUGUGAGAAGGCCUUCGUCACCCCCUCGGUGCUCAAGAGCCACAAAAAGACUCACACAGGAGAGAAGGAGAAGAUCUGCCCCUACUGUGGUCAGAAGUUUGCCAGCAACGGUACUCUGAGGGUCCACAUCCGCAGUCACACAGGAGAGAGGCCGUACCAGUGCCCUUACUGUGACAAGGCCUUCAGCAAGAAUGAUGGACUGAAGAUGCACAUCCGGACACACACCCGAGAAAAGCCCUACAAGUGUAGCCAGUGCAACAAAGCGUUCAGUCAGAAGCGAGGUCUGGAUGAGCACAUGAGGACCCACACGGGAGAGAAGCCCUUCCAGUGUGACGUGUGUGACCUGUCCUUCAGUCUGAAGAAGAUGUUGAUCAGGCACAAGCUCACCCACAACCCCAACAGGCCCAUGGCCGAGUGCCAGCUCUGCCACAAGAAGUUCACCAGGAACGACUACCUCAAGGUGCACAUGGAGAACGUCCACGGCGAGACGGAGGGCUAGCCGUCGCUAAGCAGCCGGCGCUAAGCAGCCGUCGCUAAGCAGCACCAAAGAAACGGGACUGGAGACAAGUUUGAGAACACACAAGCCAAAGGGAACAGGGAAGCAAGGAGCUACAGCAAAAUAUGAGCCCUCACCAAUAACGAUGUUGAGAAAGAAACGGCCAUUGUGUGAACUGUCAAAUCGAAAUGCCAAAGCCAUGUCACUAUGCAAUCAUGCUGUACUUGAUUUUUCCAGAACUGGGCAGACUUUGUGAACUGCAUUUUUGUGAAUGAAAUGGUCAUAGGAAAUGGCAAAGUGAAAUGAUACGUGUUAUGUGCCGCACCAGUCAUUAUGUACUGUUGAAGGGAACAUAAUGUGAAAGAGUAGGCGUUCAAUUGCUUGGUGCUGUGGCAAACACAAUCAGUAAAGCCCUUAUGUGCCUCUAUAUACAGUACAGCAGGCUUUGCCAACUACUCCAAGCCACAGGAAGUGUUGGGAUUGUCUGAUGGCAAAGGCCUGGAUAAGAUUUGGUCCCUGAGUAUACAGAAGCGUAGGAUCCAUGGAGCACUGGUGCAGUAUACGCAGGGACUAAGGUACUGUACACAAUGAAUGUGAUUGGGCCUGUUCUGUUUCUGUCACCAAAGAUACAAUUAUUUUUACAGUUAGUUUGUUACGAUACAAUAACCUUUUUUAACAGUUUAUCUGCAUUCACUGCGAGACAUAGAUUAUGUUAUUACUGUAAUCAAAUGCAGCACUCUGUACAAUAUGUUACAUUUUGUGCCUUCCAGUCAGUCAUUAUGAUGUGUUGCUUAUUAUUACUUGAUGGAAUAUGUUCAAACAAAUCAUGUAUAUUUCUUACUCACAAUACAUUGCU